CCCACCCCCACCCCCACCAACAAACAUUUCUCUCUCUAAUCUGCUCUAUCUCUAUCUACUUGAAGAUCUUCACCCAAUUUUGCAGAUUUGUGAGCUCCAAGAUUCAACUUUUAUCUUGAAUUAGAAAAGCAAUGAGGGAAGAAGACUCAAACUGGUUCUCAAAAUGGGAGGAGGAGCUCCCCUCCCCAGAGGAUCUGAUGCCCCUCUCCCAAUCCCUAAUCACCCCCGAUCUCGCCCUCGCCUUCAACAUCCCCACCCGCCGCCACCACAACGCCCCCUCCCCUCCCCCCCCUCGCAACUCCUCCGCCGAAUUCGACUCCCCGGAGGUCAGCGCCGCCGCCCCCGCCGCCUCCGACGAGCCCGCCCGAACCCUCAAGCGCCCCCGCCUCGUCUGGACCCCGCAGCUCCACAAGCGCUUCGUCGACGCCGUCGCCCACCUCGGCAUCAAGAACGCCGUCCCCAAGACCAUUAUGCAGCUCAUGAGCGUCGACGGCCUCACCCGCGAGAAUGUCGCCAGCCACCUCCAGAAGUACCGCCUCUACCUCAAGCGGAUGCAGACCAUCUCCGCUGGCGGCUCCGCCUCCGCCGCCGGCGCCGGUGACCCCGCCACCGACCACCUCUUCGCCAGCUCCCCCGUCCCCCCUCACUUCCUCCACCCCGUCGCCCGCGCCGCCGCCGCCUCCGACCACUACCUCCCCUUCCACCAGAUGGCCGUCGUCGCUCCGCCGCCGCCCCACCUCCACACCCACCACCAGCAGCAGUUUAGGCAUUUCGGAAACUCUCCUCCGAAUGGCCAAUUCGAUCAUCCGUACAUGAGGCAGGUGCAGAGGGUGGGGGCGCCGCUGCACGGCGCGGCGGUGGUGCCGCCCUAUGUUGAGGAUUUGGAGUCGUCUACUCCCGCGAGCGGCCGGAAAGUCCUCACCUUGUUCCCCACUGGAGAUGAUUGAGGAAAUUGGGAUUCUUCUUCUCUUCUCUUCUCUUUUCCCUUUUGUGAAAAUCAUGUGAUGAUUGAAUGCUUAAAUUACACUCUUUGAUUUUUUUUUCCUUGCCAAUUAAUUUGGUGUUCAUUUUUAGGCCUUUCAUGCUUUGUUUAAAAUGAUUUCCCACUUGAUUUAGCUGUUAGUUACUUAUUGCAUAAUGUAGGUUCCAUUUUGUCAAUAAUUCAGUUUUAUGAACUACUACUAAAGUUGAAUCCCUAAAUCAUAAAAAAGGGGCUUUUUUGCUUA